UCUAUUUCGACAGAACACAGAAGCAGUGUACACUUUCAAAGCGAAUUUCUUUCUAUGAGUGACUUAAAUAGCACUUGCAAUUUUUCAUACCAAGUCGAACACUUUGAAUAUUUUAUUCGGGGUUUGUUUUUAAAGCUGUGAGACGUAGUCAAUCUGUAUGCAACUGUUACGCGUCGCCUCGACUAUGUCUUACCAAGGAUCACCUUAUUCUGGGCCUGGAGAUGAAUAUGACUUUGAAGAUGAUGGAUACGACGAUUUAGAUGAAUAUCGGGAUCCAGAAGAUGCAAUACCACCGCCUCUUGUGGAUGAUAGUGACGAAGAUACGGAGGAAGCUAGUGAAGUAGAACUUCCAAACAAUGAUGAACCUCAUGACAUAAAAGAGCAAAUGUACCAAGACAAACUGCUGAAUCUCAAGAAACAGUUACAGCAAUUAGAAGAUAAUAUCUAUCCAGAGUUCACAAAGAGAGUCAAGAGGCUGGAACACCAACUGCAUGAGAGGUUACGGCUUAAUAAAAUAUACAAAGAGCACAUGUAUGAAGUAGUUGAAAGAGAAUACAUAGCAGAGAAGAAAGCAGCUGCCAAAGAGUUUGAAGACAAAAAGAUAGAACUGAGAGAGAAUCUGCUCAAUGAUCUGGAAGAAAAGAAAAAGCUCAUUGAGAGUGAGCGACACAGCAUGGAGCUUAAUGGAGACUCAAUUGAGGUGAAACCACCAAUGAAGCGUAUACUCCGUCGGCGCGCGAACGAGCCCGCCCCAGUACCGGAGAAGCGUCGCAAACCGCUAGCAACUACGCUCACGUUCCAACUCGACGACCGAGAUAUAGAUGCCGAUCUGCGCGCCAUCUCGCGAGCCUCACCGCUGAGUAGGCAUGCGCACGCGCAGCCGAGGAAACAUGUGAAUUCGAAUAGCUGCGAGUCCCCAGUGCGCGAGGGCGGCGAGCGCGAGGCGACGGACACGCGCGUGGAGGACGGCAAGCUGCUGUACGAGCGGCGCUGGUUCCACCGCGGCCAGAGCGUGUACGUGGAGGGCCGGGACACGCCGCGAUACCCCGCGCACAUACACGCCAUCACCGAUGACGCGAUAUGCGUGAAGAAGACGAACUCGGAGCGAGUCAGGAUAUUCGUAUCUCAGCUGGCGCGCGGGAAAGUGACACUAAAGAGACGUGCCUCCUAAGUGUUAGUGUUAGUGUCUAGUGUUCCGUGUAAAUAAUGUGUAAGUGCUAUCUGCGUAGUACAGCUAGAUUUGUGAGUAAAUGUGUAUGAUACAUUGUUUUUGCGUACUGUAUUCGGAAUGAUUUUUUAUAUAAAUUAUAAAUGGUAUAAAUGUAUUUUAUAAAUUGUACAUAUUGUGCUUUUGUAAAGUAUAACAAUGGUAUGGAUUUAAAAUUAGAAUUUACUAGAAACAGCAAUAAGGAGAUUGAGACAUUGUUAUGAAAUUGAGGUAUGGUAUUUUAUUUAAAUAUGUUAUUUCAGUCAUGGAUGACAUUUUUAAAGAAAAAGGUAUGAAUAUAAUAUAUUUCCAUCCUAUAAAAACA